UCACAGAGGAUUAAGGAUUAGCACAACACUGUUUACAUGUUUAAGGGAUGCAGGGUGAAUAUGAUGUAGUGUUAAAGUGUUGCGUCUUCACUCCACACCGGUAGGUGGCAGUAAAACAAUGUUGCUUUACAGCCUCAAUUCAAAGAAGAAGACAUGUCGCAGACGUUCACUUGCUGUACUUAAUAUUAAUCGGUUAUCAGAGUUGCAGUCAUUUCUGCUGGUGUAAAGAUGCCCGCGGGUGUGUCUUGGCCGAGAUACAUGAAAAUGUUUGUAGCCAGCGUGUUGUCGAUGUUUGCUGGUGCAGAGGUCGUCCAUCAGUAUUACCGCCCUGAUUUGAGCAUUCCAGAGGUUCCUCCAAAACCUGGAGAACUGCAGACAGAACUUCUCGGAUUGAAGACUCAGACAGCCUCUGAGAAACACUGAUGUCAGUUUUCAUAUAUAAAUGUGUAUAUAUGUGUAAACCAUAUAUAAAGAUGUAAACCUGCUCAUGUGAUGACUUUGAAAUACUUUGUGAAAUUCCAUAAUGUAAGAAUAGUUAUUUGUAUUUUUUCAACUAAUUCUAAAAAGGAGAAAAAGUUAAAAGCCACUUUGUUUAUUUUAAAAAAACACUAUAUUGGAAUUCCUAUUCUUACAUUUGCUAAAGAUAAUAUUUUUGAUUAAUAAAAUAUGUGAACAGUA